UGGAUACAUCCGGUUCCGUCCUGCGCCAUUUUGAUGAAACAGCGAGGGGACGAGCAGCUUGGAUCACCGAGAAGGAUUUUAUGGAUUUAACUUGAAGAAUAAUCCGGACACACAACUUUACACUUUCACAGUGGAAAAGGACCUCGACCGAAGAGGAACCUUUGCGUUUUGACUGCGUAACUUGUGGAUUUUGUUAGAUUAUUCGACAGCUAACUUGGCUAGCAUUGUUAGCGUAGCAAUGUUGAGCAGUGGCCGUUGGCUCUUGUUAACGGAGAGGGAGCGUUAGCUAAUCUCGAGGUGUAGCAUGUUAGCCUUGGCAUUAGCUAACUCGCCAGUCUGACAUUUAUACGGUAGAUUACGUUUACAAAACUAUUAUUUUUGAGGUCUAACUUCGGUAUAUCUUGUGAACUCGUUGCGGAAGCUUUCACACAGUUUUGUGGACUUUGUGGUGGUUCGGUAGUGUUUGUUGUGACUUGGAAAAAUAAGGACUCUUUCAGAAAGGCCAAAUAUUACCACAAGGACUGAUGUUGAGGGAAUCCCAGGCCCGCUGUUAGCUUCACUAGCGGCUUGCAGCGCGGCGGCCCGGGCUUUCCACUAAGGACAAUUCACAACGGACUUGCCCUCUUUUACAUCCAUGUAAGAAAAGAUUUACACUGUGCUUCAUGGACUCCCUUGGAUUUCGUGGCAUCCUGUUGUGUUUUAUCGGACUUUAAAGAACUUACGAGGCAAACUGCGCUGCUCAAUGGCGCUCUGGCCUCACACCUCGAUUAUUUUUCUUUGGCAAUAACAAGGACUCUGUCGCCAUCUGCGAGCUGAACCCUUCCCCAUUUUAGCCCUUUCUUUGUCCACAGUGUUUCAGCGCAUAUAAACAAGGUUUACCUAUUAAAGUCACCAGAUUUAGCCUCCUGUGUUCAGUGUUGACGCUGUUUUAUUUUGUUACCAUACCAGGCCUGUGUUUUUUGUUUUUUCCUUGUGCUUGAUUGACUAAACUGCUUAGACCUGUAAAAAUGUCGUGUGUUCACUAUAAGUUUUCUUCCAAACUGGACUACAACACAGUCACUUUCGAUGGGCUGCAUAUCACUCUCAACGAGCUUAAAAGGCAGAUCAUGGCCCGUGAGCGCCUCAAGGCCACAGACUGCGACCUGCAGAUUACCAACGCGCAGACUCGAGAAGAAUACACAGAUGAUGAAGCCCACAUCCCGAAACACUCGUCCGUGAUUGUCCGCCGAACUCCAAUUGGUGGAGUAAAACCUGCUGGCAGGACGUUCAUUGUAGAUCGUUCUGACACAGCUGUGGUGGGAUCGUCUAGACCCACUGAUUCUUCUCCUUCUAUGUCACUCGCCCAACUCGCCAAGACUGCUAACCUGGUGGACGCAAAUGCAUCAGAAGAGGACAAGAUUAAAGCCAUGAUGUCUCAGUCCAACCAUGAAUAUGACCCAAUACAUUACUCCAAGAAGGCAGUUGGACCUCCACCUGCUCACUAUACCUGCUUUCGUUGUGGAAAGGCUGGUCACUACAUUCGACAAUGCCCCAUGCUGAUGGUCCAGGAUAAGAGUGUGGAGGGUCCUAAGCCAGUAAGGAUUAGCAAGGGCAUUCCUCAGAGUUUCAUGGUGAAAGCAGAGCCAGGCACCAAAGGAGCCAUGUUAACCAGCACCGGAGAAUAUGCAAUACCUGCAAUAGAUGCGGAAGCGUAUGCACAAGGAAAGAAGGAGCGCCCUCCGUUUGUUCCACAUGACCAGUCAUCAUCUGAGGACGAUUCAGACCCAAUCCCUGACGAACUCCUGUGUCCAAUCUGCAAUGACCUGAUGACAGACGCUGUAGUUAUACCCUGCUGUGGAAACAGUUACUGCGAUGAUUGUAUCAGGACUGCCUUGUUGGACUCAGAGGAGCACAUCUGCUUCACAUGCAAACAGUCAGACGUUUCACCUGAUAAUCUUAUUGCCAACAAAUUUCUGCGACAGGCUGUGAACAACUUCAAGAAUGAAACAGGAUACACCAAACAUGCACGCAAGCAGCUCCAACAUGCAGCCCUGCCACCACCGCGCCCUCAGUUGGCCAGGCCUCUUCACUCGAGACAGCAGGACCCACUGCUGCCCAGUGUCACUCACCCUCCCUCUACAAGCGUACCCACCACUGCCCCUCAAGCACAGGUCCAGCCCCCUGCACCUGCACCGGCUUCUGCUACUACUACUACUACUACUACUACUACUUCUGCUCCUACUCCUCCUCAUGCUGCUGCUGUCGAAGGUCAAGAUGCUUCACCAGCCCCUGCACUUGUUGUUGACCAUCAUUCUCCUAUGCACUCCACCAGCCAGGGUGAACCACCCCCACCUGGUGAGACAGAUCCAGAACCUACUGUGACUCCAGGCUCAUCAGGUACCUCAGAAAGUGGAUCACAGGGCUACCAUGUCACUGUUAUUGGCCAUCCGCCACCCGCAAGGCCACCUCAUCCAUCAGGUCACCAGUCACGCCCCCACCACUCGCACAGAGGGGGAGGCAGACACUGGGAGAGGUCUUACAGAAGUAGAGGAGAACACCCCCCGCCUCACCUCCAGACAGCUCCACCCCCUGCCCCUGUUCCUCCAGUAUACCCAUCUCCAUCCCUGUACCCGCCCCCACCACAGCCCUACCCCCCUCCGUACACCUCUGGCCCCGGCCUCAUCGCUCCCCCUGCCAUCGGUUACCAGCCCCAGCCUAUUUAUGCCCCUGGACCACCGGGGCUCAACCCUCCCUGGGUUCCCCCUGGUACCCAGCCCCCUCUAGCACACCUUGCACCCUCCCUAUCUCAGCCCCCCCUGUCUAAGGACGAUUUCUACAGACCGCGGCACCGACCUGACAAAGUUACAUCCAAACUGGAUGAAUUUACCCAAGACUUCCACAAAGAGCUUAUGAAGUACAGAAAUCCACCAAAGAGGCGAAGGCCGUCUUAUUCCAGGUCCCGGUCAUACAGUCGGUCUCCAUUCAGCCGCUCUCCUUACACUCGCUCUAGAUCGAGAUCAAGGUCGAGAUCAAGAUCAAGGUCUAGGUCUUAUUCUUAUUCCCCCAGUCGAUCCCGCUCCCGUUCACGCUCCCAUGGCCGGUCUUAUCCCCGCUCCCCUUAUUCCAGACGCAAUGGACGCAGUUACGGGCGCUCACGUUCAAGGUCCCGCUCCCGCUCAAGGUCUUACGGGUAUCGGCGCUCCGGUUCACCGCGGUCUCCUCCCUCCUAUCGGCCUGGAGGCUGGGAGGGAGCAGAAGGAGCAGGACCCUAUAGGUCCAGGUCACGAUCUCGCUCCCCGGGUGGCUACAGGAGCCGCAGCCCCGGUGGACGGAAGCCACCUCCUCGGGAGAUUGCACCAUAUGAAAUGAAGGCACCAAGUCCUGGAGGCCAUGAGCGCUGGGAGAGAGAACGAUAUCGACAGUGGGAAAAGGAGUACGCGGACUGGUACAACAAAUACUACAAAGACUAUGACAACCAACAUCCUUCACUGCAUCACAGAGGCCGCGGAAGCAGAGACAGGGAGAGGGACAGAAUGUCCCCAUUAUCCAGAGAUUACUCACCCCAGGGGAGAGGAAGAAGAGGGAAAGAAGAGAGAGGUGCUCCCCCUCACCAUCCUCCAUCCUCUUCCUCAUCAGGGACCAAGUCGAGUACUAAAGUCCAGAAGACAAAGAAAUUGAAAAAUAAGAAGAAGACUGGAGAUGAACCAGAACCAUCACAUCAGUCAGUGGACAGAGGUGAUGCUACUCCCGUCAGAGAUGAACCAAUGGAUGAAAUCCCUUCACUUGCUAAAACGCCUCCAAUCUCCUCAAAGACUCCAUCUGGCACUACAACCACUAAAGCUCCAGCUUCUAAAAGCACUGCAGCACCUGUUAAACCCUCAACCAAGGUCCCAUCAAAGACUCAGUGUGAUAAGACCAAGAAAGAGAAAGGUCAGAAGGUAAAGGCUAAAGUGAAGACAGAGGCUGUGAAGGUAAAGAGUGAAAAGUUGAAGAAAAAGACUGGUGGAGAAGGAGUGGUGAUCAAAAAGAGAGACUCCUCAUCCUCCUCGUCCUCUGUUGCUAAACCAUUAAAGACCAUUAAAGCCAAGCCAGAAGAUACUUUCAACUCGACAGCCCCUAAAAAGGAAAAAAGUAAAAGCUCUACACCGAGGCCUGCCCUGCUUAAGACUCCUCCACUGCCCCAGAGCCUGCCUCUACCUCACCCCUCUCUUCAUGAUGGCCCUCGACCCAGCCACGACAUUCGGGGUAGGAGAGAUCUCCCAUUGAGCGGUGGACUCCUUCCCAUCCCCCAUCAACACGGAUUACAACUCCUCCAUCGACCUCCCUCCCCAGGGGACAGUCGGAGGAGGAUGGGAGACGAAGGCCGCUCUUUACUUGGACCUCCUCCUGGGAAGCAGAGGAGGAUGGAUGGGUUAGGGGGUGGUGGUGAUGUCAUCUCCCACUCGCACAUGUCUCACCAGCCCCCGCUCCACAGACUCCCACCCUCUUCAGACAGACCUGGUCUUCUUCCCCUAACAGGGAGCCGUGAAAUGGGCCGGGGAGACCCAGAGCGAGGAUCCAUCAGGCCUCUAAUGGACCUGCAGGUGAAGCCACUGACCCAGAGGAGGAUCAAGUUGAACAGAGAUCUGGGUAGAAAAGGCAGCACUGAAACAGCAGGCUCAGACAGACCACCAUCGGGUCCUGAGAAGACGACGUCCAGCUCGGACCGAUCAGCUGCUGCUAACAUCUCUGAAGAAGACCGACCCAGCAGUACAGCUGAAGGAUCUGGAAGAAAGGAGCGGUCUGCAUCUGCUGAGAGGGGAGUCUCCAGAGAGAGACCAGGGAGUGCUGGAGAGAGGCUGCAGGGCUCCGACAGAGAACAGGACAGAAGCUCCGGACCGGACAGAGAGCGAGACAGAGCUUCUGGAUCAGACAGAGAUAGAGAAAGAGACAGAGACAGAAGUCUGGGCUCUGACAGAGAGAGGGACAGGGUCUCGGGGUCAGGCUCACAGAAAGUAGCCGUUACAGCGGAGAGAGAUGCCGAGGGAGAGAGGUCAAUGAGGACAGAACGAAGGAACUCUAGUGGUGGCAGUGCAGGAGGGAGGUCAGUCUGUCUGGAUAAAAUGACCAUCGCCGAGAAAUCAGCCAUCACCAGGAGACCGCCAGACCAUCAGGAGAAACCAAGCGUGUCCUCUAAGGAGAGAGGUGAAGGGUCAGAUAGAGCUGCUAAAUCUGACAGGAGUGUGUCCAAGGACAGAACAGAGAGGAGUGUCCCCUCAGGAGAGAAACCAGCUGCUGCUCAGAGAGAAGCAGUCAAAGACGGUGAGGGGUCUGUAGUGAAGAGCAAACCCAGGAUCAGCCGAAAGGCUCUGACAAGCCACACUGUGAGCUCCAGGUCAACUCAGGAGACAAAGCGGGACUCAGAAAAAGACCAAAAGAGUGUGUCCUCUAAACCGCCAGAGCUGCCUCCGUGUAGCCCUGUGGACAGCCGUGACCGCAGCCCAAGUGUCAGCCCACCACCCAGCCUGGUCAGGGAGGAGCCACUCAUUCAGCCCCCCCCUCGCUCCAAGUGGGAGAGAGAGGAUGACGAAGAGGGGCAGGAAAAUGGAGUUAGUGCACCCAAGGAGCCCUCACCACCGCCUCAGAGGAGCCGAGGCAGAGACGGGCAGACUGACGCACUUAAACCUGUCAGGAGUGAAGGCCGGGAUGCCAUAAGGGAGGAGAGGAGAGGAGUAGUGAGGGACGACAGGAAAGGGAGAGCACCAAGGGAAGAGGGUAAGGGUGGCAGGGUGGCACAGACAAAUUCUGACAAACCAAACAAAACGAAAAUUGCGAGGGAGGAGGGAAGAGGGGUAAGAGAAGAAGGGAGAGCUCCAGCCAGAGAGGAGGGGAGAGGAGGAGGAGGAGGUGGAAGAGAGGAGGGGCGGGGAGUCACAGGGAAGGAGGAGAGAUCAGCAGAAGGCAGAGGUGGAGGAGGACGAGAGGAGAGUCGUGGCCCAGAGCCAAGGAGACAACGUUUGUGCUCUGACCUGGGUCGUGAGACGGACGAGGCCGCCUUCGUCCCCGACUACAGCGAAGGUGAGGGCUCGGAGACGGAGAGAGGAAGAAGCGGCAGCCCUAGUCUGUCUCCCAGCCAACAGUCCCACAGCCCCACCCCGAGCAACCAGAGCGACACGGCAACCACCAUGGGAGACAAGAAGAAGAAGAAACACAAGAAACAUAAAAAACACAAAAAGCACAAGAAGCACACUGGUCAGGAAAAAGAAGGAGAACACAAGGAGCAUAAGCACAAACACAAGAAAAAGAAACACAAAAAGAACAAAGACAAAGAUGCAGAGGAAGAGGAGCAGAAGACGGACAAAGCAGAAGAGGAGGCUCCAUGCUAACAGAGGCUAAGAUAAGCCUGCUGGCCAAAAUCUGUAGCCUUCUUUGUUAGUAAGGAGGCAAUGAUGUAUCUAGAAAUAUCGGCUAACACUGGCAUGCUGCUCCAUGUGCCACUUGAGGAGAACAAUGAAAUGAGUCUCUGACUGUCCAUGACACUGAUGGAGGGCUGUUAAUGGAACACUUCAUAUCCCUGCAGCUCUACAAACCUACACGGUACUUUGUUGUGUCUGGGCUGCAGCGUUUUGAGCGCUGCUGAGGUUUCUUUUAAGUUAAAUGUUGAACCUCUGUGGAGAGUUUGGGUCAAAUAGAAAAGAAAAAUAAAACCCCAGGAGUGAUUCUGUGCUACACUAUUGUGAUCAAUCAAUAGCCGGCCAGAAAGGACUUGAUGAUAACUGAUCACACAGCAGUGAAUCUAAAUGAUAGGAGUAACAAACUGUACUCAGGGAUGUGAUUGCUUCUUUGUAGAGGAGGAAUUGCUGUUUCUCUGCCUCUGAUUCAUUUGUAAAUAGAGUUGAACUGUUGCUUCACAUAAUUUUUCCUCAGUUUGUUUUGCUCACAUCCCUCUGUGCUGUUCAAGGCUUAAAUACUGGAUAACCUUCAUUGCUAUGCUGUUGUAAGCUCUUUUUGAAGGACUGCACUAGCAGUUUUGCAGAUUUGCAUGUUUUAGCACAUUAACUUCAAAUUGUAUACUUUCCGUUACAGCCAACCAUUUUCAGUGUUGAUAAUCUCAUUUUUAGGCAGCCAUUGGUUUAUGCCAGCUCUUCUUUUUGUCUAAGUUAAUGUAAAUUUAAAUUAAAGCAAUGAAAUUCCUUUCAUUCAUUCAUUCAUUUUCAUUUCAUUCUCGAACAAAUUACCAAUCUAAGCAAUUUUCCUCCCAAACUUCACAGAAAUUAAAUCCAAUAGCUGCCCGGAAGAUUAUGAAACCCUUUGGAAAUGGUUAGCAGUAAGUUAAUUGUAAUUAAUGGACUAAAACUUGCAAAAUUACCAGUAUGUUCCUUUUAAAGUUGAUGCAGACCAUAACGCAUUCAUGCUACACUGGAUUGUAUAAAACUAGGAUGUGUUUCUUAAUGAUGGCAAAUCAGUCAGCAUGUUUUUGUUCCAAAGGUGCAGUAACUGUAUCAUGUGAGCGAGUGAAUGUGUGUGAUGGUGUGAAAGUGAAAUGUGACAGAAAUGAGACAAAUUGGGGGACUAGUGUUCUUACAAAUAAGUUGUUCCAUUUUUUUUAAUUAAAACGUUUUGACCUCAUGAAAA